AUGGGGCAUUGGAGCGAAGUGCAGCAGCAGCAGCUGCAGGAGCAGCAGGAGAAGCAGAGGCUGCUGCAGCAGCUGCAUGAGCGGCAGUUACAGCAGCAGCUACCUGUGCAUCAGCAGCAGCAGCAGCAGCAGCAGCUACAGCAGCAGCAGCUGCUGCAACCGACAGAAGCAGCAGCAGCACAUGAGGCAGCCAAGUUGCCUUCUGUACCCUAUGUCUGCAGCAGCAGCAACAGGAACAGCAGCAGCAGCAGCAGCAGCAGCAGCAGCAGCAGCAGCAAGAGUUUCUUUGAGUGGCUGAAGGCCAACGACGACGAGCAGCUCUGGCGCUGUGCCUGGGGUGCACAAGCAAGCAGCAGCAGCAGCAGCAGCAGCAGCAGCAGCAGCAGCAACCCUAUUUUAGUUGUUGACGCUGGCUCACACUGUAUAAGGCUCUCCAGAGCAGAGAGGGGCCCCGAGGAGUUGCGGCAUUGCUGUCUAUACACCUCAGCAGCAGCAGAAUAUCCAUAA